AGUCGAGUUUCUGGUGCCCUUGUGCUUAUUCUGUGCAUGCAUGCGUUGGGCUUAAACUCUUGUCUUCUUAGUUCCCCUUUGAAGAGUUUCCCAGUUCUUUGCUUCUGACUGGUUACCGGAAUUCAUUGAAGGCUUAUGAGCUGUUAUCUGCUACAUUGCUCUAGGACGGCCUGAGAAACGAUGCCACAUCAGCUAUGGUUUGCACUGCCAGUGAUUUGGAAGGGUGGAAAGAUUUCCCAAAGGGCCUUAGAGUUCUUCUCCUUGAUGAAGACACCGGUUAUUCUGCUGAGAUAAGAUCAAAGCUUGAAGCCAUGGAUUAUAUUGUUACUACAUUCCGCAAUGAAACCGAAGCAUUGUCAGCGUUUUCUAACAACCCUGAAAGUUUCCAUGUUGCCAUCAUUGAGGUCAAUACAAGCAAAGGUGAUUGGGGUUUCAAAUUUCUUGACACUGCCAAGGACAUGCCGAUCAUAAUGACUUCAAACAUUCAUUGCUUGAACACCAUGAUGAAGUGUAUAGCGCUUGGUGCAGUUGAGUUUCUGCGGAAACCUCUCUGUGAAGAGAAACUUCGGAAUAUUUGGCAGCAUGUUGUUCAUAAGGCAUUCAAUGCAGGAGGGAAAGCCGUCUCUGAAUCAAUCAAGUCUAUUAAAGAAUCUGUACUACCCACGUUGCAGCCCAAAUUGGAAAAUGAACCACCGAAAUGCAAAAUCUCAGUAGUAACAGAAAACGCUGCAAGGGUUCCUGAACAUGACCAUGAACAAUCCACCGGAAAUGACAAGUACCCAGCUCCUUCGACGCCACAAAUUAAACAGGGAUCUCGAUUAUUGGAUGAUGGGGAUUGCCAAGAACAAACUAACUCAUCAGAGAAAGAGAGUGGGGAGCAUGAUGGUGAAUCUAAAUCUGUCGAAACUACAUGUGGCAAUGCUGAUGAUACUCUUCAAAUAAGUGAACCUCAAAUGCCUGAGAAGAUAGUGGUCAAACAGGAAAAUGACUCUGCUGAUGCUUCUAAGCUUGAAAAUAAUUUGUCUCAGCCUCAUAUUAGAGACUGUACCAAUGAUACUGGUUGUGCUACUGAAAAUCUGAGUAAAGCAUCAGGUCUCAAUCAUUCAUACAAAUCUAGUAGGAAGAAGAUGAAGGUAGACUGGACGCCAGAACUGCACAAGAAAUUUGUCCAUGCAGUGGAACAAUUGGGUGUAGAUCAAGCCAUUCCUUCUCGAAUACUUGAGCUUAUGAAAGCUGAAGGUUUGACAAGGCAUAAUGUAGCAAGCCAUCUCCAGAAGUAUCGCAUGCACAAGAGACACAUCUUGCCCAAGGAUGAAGACCGCAGACUGUUACAUCCUACAGAUCCAACUCAAAUGAGUUAUUAUUCUCAUAAGCCCAUCAUGGCUUUUCCCCCAUAUCAUUACAACAGUGCUGUAUCAAUGCCAGGGGUGUAUCCUAUGUGGGGCCAACCUGCCAGCCACCCAGCCAAUAUCCAGAUGUGGGGACAACCUAGCUAUCCUCCAUGGCAAGCGUCAGAAAAUUGGCAUUGGAAGCCUUCUUAUCAAGCGUUACAUGCUGACGCUUGGGGUUGCCCUGUAAUGCCUCAACCUCUGCAGGGUGGUUAUUCCUCUUAUCCUCAAACUGCAUCAGGGGUUCACAAUCCAAAUGUAGUAGACAAUGGCUGCAGCUUGCCACAUAACUCUUCAGAACUUCAUCCGAUUGCAUCAGUGGUGAUCAACGCAAAUGUAGCAGAUAAUGGCUGCAGUAUGGCACAUGAUUCUUCUGAACUUAAUCUGGCAGAGGAAAUCAUUGAUAAGGUUAUGAAGGAGGCAAUAAGUAAGCCAUGGCUACCCCUUCCUUUAGGCCUUAAGCUUCCUUCCACUGAAGGUGUACUAGCUGAACUCUCAAGGCAAGGCAUCUGCAACAUCCCUCCUCCGAUCGACGGCUCUAACUCCCGUUGACCUGAACUGGGUGCCCCUUAUGGUCCUGGUUCACAAGCUAGGCGGUCCACGGUGCAUUAUCAGGAGAACACAUCAAUCGCCACAUUACGUGAUCAGCUAAUGUGGUUAGAAGAAAUGCGAUGUCCUUAGGUUUUUAGAUUUAACAUGCGUUCAACACUUGAUUUCCUAUUGUGGUCUCAGAGCUACCUGAGGUUUGUGUGUUGCACCAUUCCAACACAAACAAGCAUGAGUCAAGUCAGGUGUGGACACACUGAAAUAAGUGACUUAGAUCCUAUCCCUCUUUAGCUAUGGUUGGCUGGAGCAUCUUUUUCCGACAUUAGACGGCUGAGGGCAGGCCACGUUGAUGAAAUGCUGCCCACAUGUAAAUUUCAAUUCCGAGUGUAAAUAGUUCCAAACACAAAUGGGGGCCUUCCCUUUCCCUUUUUAUCUGAUAUGAUCUGUUCUGUGAGGUCCUUCUUGGUGCUGUUGAGUAGGUCAUGCUGUGGUUGCUGUCUAAUAAUGGAAGAUGAUAGCAGUGUUGCUCUGCCCCAUGAGGCACUUGUGAAUUAUUUCAAAGAAAAGCUUUACAAGUGGAUGCUGACUUGGGGCUUAUCUUGUUUGUAACAUUAAGGAAGAUGGACCAGAGCUUGUUUUGUCAAGUGUUGGCUUCACACUGGAAACUUGGUUAUGUGUUUAGUAGCGUACUUCUC